AUGGCUCCAACACUUUCUAUCCUCUGCUUCGGCAAUUCGCUGACAGCUGGCUUCUACCAGUACGGUCUGGAAUACCACCCCUACGCCGCGAAACUCGAGGAGCGCUUGAAAGAAGCCUUCCCCUCUCACACCAUCCGUAUCGACGUUGACGGCGUCCCGGGUGACCUCGUUAUUACUCCCCCAGGACGCUUCCUAACUCGCAUGCAGGAUGACUGCUCGAAGACGUCGUACGACUGGGUGAUCGUACUCGGCGCAACAAAUGACCUUGGUCGCGGGUAUCCAUGCUCGAAAAUAUUUCCCGCGCUGAAAGAAGCCUGGAAGGUGGCACUCGACAGCGGAGCAAAGAUCCUGGCGCUUACCGUCCCUGAAUGCGCGGCUGUAAGCAAACGGCUUGAUAGUGCUCGGGAUGAACUGAAUUCUCUGAUAUUGAACCAUGAUGAGGAGCGAUUCCAUGCGUUUGAUCUUCACAAGCAUAUUCCGUAUCAUGGUGCUACGGAGGAUUUCAGGGAGUUGGUAUUCGACGAUGGACUUCAUUUGACGGCCGAAGGGUAUGAUCUUGUUGGGGAUCUGGUUGCGGACUGGUUGAUACGGUAUUAA